AUGGGGUGGGCAGAGCUGUACCGGAUCGUGGAGAGGAUGCGCUCGCUGGGGAUGAUCACGGUGCUGCCAGCCUUCGCGGGCCACGUACCCCAGGGGGUUCUUCGGGUUUUCCCGCAUGUGAAUGCCACUCGCCUUGGGGGCUGGAGCCACUUCGACUGCACCUACUCGUGUACCUACCUGCUGGACCCAGAGGACCCCAUGUUCCAGGUGAUCGGGACCCUCUUCCUGAAGGAGCUGAUCAAAGAGUUCGGCACAGACCACGUCUAUAGCGCUGACACCUUCAACGAGAUGACCCCCCUCUCCUCUGACCCUGCCUAUCUCUCGAGGGUCAGCAACGCUGUUUUCAGGUCGAUGACGGGAGCCGACCCCGAGGCGCUGUGGCUGAUGCAGGGCUGGCUCCUCCCUGGUGUGCGCCUGCUCCGGCACAAGGUCCUGACGGAGCUGAUCGAGCCGUACGAGCUGCGAGUGGCGAAGCUGCGCGAGUUCCUGGAGGACGUGAAGCCCUCGCUGCGUUACGACAUCGUGCCCCUGGUCGACCCCUAUGGCCCCUCGGUCACAGACCCCAGCCUGCAGUGCUUGGUGGUCAGCGAGGAGACCCACAGGGGAGGGGAGGCUGUGAACAAGAAGAGACGUGAAAACGGGCUCCCCGAGUUGGCUCUCUACGAGAUCCUGUUGAUGAAGGACCCCGACCACAGUCAGAACGAGGAGGAGAAGAUCAGCUCCUCCAGCCUCCGGCAGAGGCUGCUGGGGACGCUGCUGCGGCCCCCGCGGCAAGACCCUACCUUGCCUUCACGCCCGUACGUGAUCGGCCUGACUGGAGGAACCGGGAGUGGGAAAACCGCCAUUGCCAAACUCCUGGGGCACCUGGGAGCGUUCCUCAUCGACGCCGACAAGCUGGGCCAUGCCGUCUAUGUCCCCAGUGGCCCUGCCUACGAGCAGGUGGUGGCGGCCUUUGGGGCAGAAAUCUUGAAUGAAGAUGGGACGAUUAAUAGGAAAGUCCUUGGGGCCAAAGUGUUUGGAAACCAGGAGCGGCUGAAGAGUCUCACGGAUAUUGUGUGGCCUGAGAUGGCCCGGAUGGUCAAGGAGCAGAUCGGGGAGGCAGAUGCUCAAGGAAAGGCCGUGUGCGUGCUGGACGCUGCUGUGCUGCUGGAGGCAGGCUGGCAAGACAUGGUCCAUGAGGUGUGGACGGCCAUCAUCCCGGAGGAGGAGGCUGUGAAGCGCAUCAUGGCCAGGGACGGGCUGAGCGAGGAGGCUGCUCGCAGCCGGCUGCAGAGCCAGAUGACCAACAGCCAAAGGGUGGAGCAGUCUCAGGUGGUGCUGUGCACGCUCUGGGAGCCGGACGUCACCCGCAAGCAGGUGAGCCCUGGGCUGGCUGCAGCACUGGGGUCUGUCACGGGUGGCGAAGGGGGAGGCGGGCGACCGUGA